AUGGACGAGUUUUUUAGUCAUGUCUCAAAGUACAUUGGGGAUAAGCAUUCGCAAAGGGCAUCAGAAAGAACUCAAAGUCUUGAAAACAAAAUUCUGAGCGUUCUUAAAUCUGUAAGCGCCCAAACAUUAUAUUUUCGAGCCAUAAUCGACUUAUAAAAUGCACUAGGCCAGAUAACGCCUGACAGUACAGAAUUUAGACAUAAUUUUACCGUGUUCUGGAGUUCAGAGCUCGCUUGGCCUCCUGGGGCUAUUGAUCUUGAAUUAGUUUUGGUAGUAGUCGACUACACCAGACUUCACUAGAUUUAGUCAUCACUCGUGUUGUGUCGUUUGACGUCCUAUCUACCCUUCUGCCCCACCUCUCCUCAACCCUCUUAUUUUGUAUUCUUCAAUUUUCUGAUGAGCCUAAGAGGGAGACCGCGGGAAACCUGGGUUUUCAUCUCUCAUUCUAUACACGAUAACUUCCAUGUUGUCGUUUUGCUUUCAAGGGACGACUGCCAGAAUAUGGCUUCUCCGAGGAUGAGGUGGAAUCACUGCUUCAUCGACUGGCACUGAUGGACUCCAACAAUUGGACACACUCUGCUGGUGUUGGCGAACGCGAGGGCAGAAUCGUGUUGAAUCUUGUUAGACGCAGACACUUUGGGUAAGUGCUUAGUCAUUUCUUGUUUCCUGCGUACCCAUUGUGCUUUUGACAUGUCGAAUUUGACGGCAUUUGUCGAGCUAAUUUUGAACUCGGUUUGUUUCAAUAUCGAGAGCGCACCUUUAAAUCUCAACUUUAAUCUUCCCUAGCAUUUAAUUUUCGAAACGCUUGCGAGGAAAAGUCACAAAUUGAGUACUUUUUGAUGCGACAAAUCGUAUGCAUGUAAUUACAGAAACAUGAUAAGAAGUUGCUGAGCAAGCUUCUUAUGUACUCUGACUUAUACAAUUUCGGGUAGUUUUUUUAGUGGAAUAUAUCAUGCAUAUGUCUCACACGAAGUCACGAAACCCGAUGCCAAAUUACCAUACACUUUAUACGUUAAUGAUGAGAACCUACCUCGUUUCCCGUACUGAGUAGAGUUUCUGCUGUGACAUGCGAAAAAUUUUCAUCAUGACGAGGCCCCGAAACUGUACUAAAAGAUUUUUUGCUAGGUCUCUAUGCUGUUUUUGACAUCAUUUCCUCGUUAGAUAUAUUUUUUGUUAGUUUGUUGCAGGCGAUUAGCGGUUCUCAGUGGAAUUUCAGUAUUUCAUGGAGUCUUUACUAACUUCAGAUGAUUUUCAUGUUCACUACCCCUAUGCCACUUUCGUACUAUUCUUACUUUAACGUGUGUAGUGCUUUCGAGCGCAAUCGUUGGUUCGAAAAAACCAAAUCGAAAUGCUGCAGGCGUAGUUAGGUUAUUUUUUAACUCACGAUCGCACAGUUUUCUGUCGUAAUUCGAGUUUUGCUUUGUUCUUGGGAAUCAUCGUCCAUUUGAUCUAUUAUUACCAUCGCUAUAAUGAGAAUAACCGUAUGUGGCCGUUGCAAUGAUGGAGUCUAACCGUUUCAUGCACGACUUACUUGACUGGCCGAUUAAUUUGUCUAAAAUUCGAUGUUUCUGAAUGACGAGUUUGUAGUAAUUGCAUCAUAUUUCGACCUUUCUCCUAGAUUGGCACACGGUGUGGGACGGUCCGGAGAUAUCACGGCAGUUCAGCCAAAAGCUCCCGGUUCCAGCCUUAUAAAUCGCUUGGUAAACGCCAUGCUGCUCGAUUGGCUCCGUCGAUCGGGUAGGUUUCCCCCUUUGACUUGUCUUCUAGAGAGAAAUAGCACAUUUCUGUCCGCUCAGUGUCUGCGGUUGGAAACUCUCGCUUAUCUUUGAAGUAAAAGUUACUUUGUGUGAACAGUUGCGACCAAAAUAUCAAGGGAUUCCUAAGCUGCCAUUUUUGUCCUUCCUGGCGUUUUAACCGAUCGGUUCUUUAUACCUACGGAAAUCUGGUAUUUUAACUCGAUCUGGUAGUCUUUAAUACGGAAACCUUAGAUCUGUGCUCUUGAACCUGACCUCCCCCUCAGAUGUGGUUAAUCACAGUUGGAUAUACUUACGCGUGGCUAGUGAGGCGUCCACCUAAGUGCCUCAUUUACAAUGAUAUUUAGAAGUUCACUCUUUGUAGUUAAAGGCAAACAUUCUUUUCGUUUAUAAAAGUGAACAAUUGAGACGUCCUUGAAAUGUCGCCUCAUUUGUCUUUGUUGCCGCAUCUCCGGGAAUAAUGAGUGGACUUGUCCAUUACUUAACCACUACCAUUUUUGUAGACUCGUGCUGAAAUUCCGUCGUGGCCAGAGACUUAGCAGAACAUUCGCGUCACUGCUCCGAUCGUCUUAUACAGGGAGAGUGGACAUUCGAGGUUGGCGUUAGUUUUCACUUUUGGGGAGUCUGGACGUUCCCUCGGCCGGGAAGGGGGGUUAAGGACGCACGUGAAGCCCUCGGUUCAGCGCUCCAGAAUCCCCGACGUCCAGCCGUAUCCAGUGUUAUAGUAUUUGACUUAUGUUUUUUUGCCUUACGACCGCCUGUAAGGUUGGAGUUUUAGCCUCAUCUUCAAGAAAGAAGAGGCUAUAACCAGUCCAGCAGUCCACGUACCACCCUCAUCAUUGGCACAUCACGCUGAUGUCGCCUUCUGACGAGGACGCAGCCCAGCAGUUGUCAAUGAGGCGAGCGGCAGUGCAUCCGUGGUCUCAUUUUCCAAUAUGGAAGGCGGAAGAACAUGUUGGGUAGGAGAACAUUGUGUUCCGUACAAGCCUCUAGGGAGAGGUCACUGCUGUCUAAGCCGCUGACCCCGAGACGACCGAGCACCCCCCCCCCAGGCAGCACGGUCUGUGCCAACGAGGCCAUUGAGGUCAUCAAGGACAGUCAGUUUGAUAAGAAGAAGAAGCGAUCGCUGGAACAAGGGCUUUAUUCGCCUGACGUUUCAGAUUCUCACUUGAAUCUAUCAUCAGAGACAGUGGCAGAAACGGGUCUCAGAUGAUGGUUUCAAGUGAGAAUCCGAAACGUCAGGCGAAUAAAGCCCUUGUUCCGGCGAUCGCUUCUUCUUCUUCUUCUUCUUCUUCUUCUUCUUCUUCUUCUUCUUCUUCUUCUUCUUCAUCUUCUUCUUCUUCCAAUCAACUGGUUCCUGGAACCCGCAUCUUUGCUUGUGUUGACAGUAAAUUUGUCUACCUUCGGCACAGUCGCUAGAAGGGCGUGCAGGUCCUUGUAGAAUGUGUCCUUCACAUUGUGGGGACUUGUCUUUGGCGGCAUUGGCGCUGACGAUGGCGCCGAGUUUGUUCUCCCGGUGUGGCAGCCUCAUUGUUACAAGACGGUCGUCGACGGAAUUUCAGACAGGACAGCUGUUUCACGACGUCAUUCCUGGUGGCCAAGGUGACUCAAGCAUCCCCCCGCGGGUCUUUGGACAUCCAUUAUCGAAGAAGGUCUGUCACGCAUCCACCUCUUUCAGCCAUCCUUGUUCGGGGAAUCAGGUCUCGCUGAGAACCGCGAUUUCCAUUCUGUAGCGUGUCAGUUCUUGGGCAACCAGACCUGUCCUAUCUGGACGGUUGUCCAUCAGAUUGUCUAAUAGAGGGCAAAAAUUCCUGUAUGCCAUUGGCUGUAGAGACAGGGAUGAGGACGGGAAUUGUGCUUUUUUCGUAUGACUCUCCGAUCGCGUAUUUUCAGUCCACAAGCCAAAGUCACUUGACUAACGGCGUGAUGGACCAGCAUUUUCGGGGCACCUUCCCGGGAGAGGAUAUAGUGCCGUACCCUUAAAUGCACAGUGCGUUCUAGUCACUCCAGACGGCAACCGAUCUUCACUUUUGGUCAUGACUGGGGCAUUGUAAAAAGACGAUCCGCAUUUGUCUGCGUGGCCUACGAGAUUGCCUGUUGCCCUCUCGGUAGGACUUUUAAAGCGGGAGGCCGAGUUGCGGACCAGCGGACCCAACUUUUAUCAACUAAAUGUAUGUUAAUGAAAUACCAGUCCUUUUAGUACGACGUUCGACACAUGUGACGACUGCAUCCGCGGCAGUCUGCCCGUGGAGACUUCUGCCUGUGGGCUAGACGGAAAAUUUGCGCGCUAUUCUCUUUAGGAAAAGAAAGAUAUGCGAAAUUUUAUGAUAGUGGGAUUCCUUUUGCACUGGCAGCGCAGAGCCGAACUUUUGUGUCGUCAUGGUGAUAUCGCCAGCUUCGAAGAUUUUGUAGCUUAGCCCAAACGCUGAAUGCUGACAAUGUGCAGAAAGAGGCUGUCUGUAACGAAUUUCAGACAACGGUUGGGUUCAUCUCAGUGUGCCAUCUAGUCGUUGUGAGGGGAUUUUAUUGCCAGAAUGGGGAUGUUCGAUGCGUCCGCGAUGUUAGCCUUUGGGUUCUGCGCAGUGGAAAAUCCGCGUGUAAAUGGCAAAACACUGCCAGUUUCCCUGCACAGAGCCGAUUGGUCGUUACAAAUAUCUUACCAACGCUGGUGGUCGAAUGAGAUUAACUCUCAACCGGACCGACUGCGUAUAUGUUAGAGGACGCCGCGCCGGUCCAAUGAUUGACUCCCACACGGUGCUUGAUGGUGUCUGUUAGGCGAAAUUAGUGCUCUUUAUUCAAAAGUCGACUUAAACAUAUUCCAUCUCGGAAAUCUUCAUCAACGUUUCACCACUUAUUUCUGCCUACUGCUUCUCCAUUUCCCAGUGGUUGGAAGAUUAAAGGUCUUCGUGUUCGUGUGCCUGACUGUCAUUGUUUUUUCCCCGCUCCACGUUCUCCCUUUAAGGUGCUCCUAGCACAAGCGCUUGCUUUUUGGUUCCGAUGGCGACUGGAAUGUCCCUGACGUUCUGUCUACUCGCUCUGAAAAGACGCCGGGGACCCGAUGCCAAGUACGUCAUUUGGCCUCGCAUUGACCAGAAGUCCUGUAUCAAAUGCAUGGUCACUGCAGGUUUGUUCCCUGUUGUUUCACCAUUACCGCCAUUUACUCAUACUGUGAAUAGCUUGACUCCAACCUCAUCUGUUUGUCAUAUUCGUUUUUUUUCAGCUAAACUUUCUUCUGGGUUGUCCUUUAUCCACUGCGUUAUCAGCCAGAUACACUGAGGAUUUUCGAAGAUCAACUGGCAGUUAACUCUGGGAUAAUGAACUCACACCAUCUAAUCACAGUGACCUGUAGCGAGCCACCAUCAGCGUGAACGGUAUUGUUAAUUUCGUAUGAGAGGAACGCCCACCGGUUUAUCCUAAUUGAAGGGUGGGAAUAGGCAUUUCAGUUUUGUUUUGGGGCUGAUUGGUGAGUGGCAAGUUGACCAUUCUGAACUAGUUGCCAUCAUCGGUCGGUGCUACCCCACUCCCUGGUGCCGUCGCACCGGCGGUUCGAACCGCGAGGUCCAGUGGGAACUCACUACCUGAGCUACAGCGCUCGCGCUCAGCCGUCUGGGAUCGCAAUAUGCAGCGCCACGUGGUUGUGACAUCGACUUAAGGACUCAGUGAUCUACUGGAUUCUGAUUCAACCUCCGAGUGCACCAGCGCUUGAAGUUGGGAUGUCAUUGGAUAAUGUCGGCAGCCAGGCCAGAUGCCAUCCUUCCAGCGUUCCUUGUUUACGUUGACAGUGUUUAUCGAUUUUUGCCAAGUUCGCUGGUUUGAGCGCCGAUCGUUUUUUACGAUGCUGCUCGUUAGAAAGCAAGCUGCUUCCCGACAGCUCCCAAGUAGAAAGUAUUUUACUUUUCUGCUGAAGCAUUUGAGAGCCGACCCUCAUUUUAAUCGAACCAAAGCCCGGACAGUUCUCUAACAAGCUCGUUGGUCCUUCGUGAGACCAGUAUAGCCACGUCAGUUCGUAUAUAUGAGGUCGCAAAUGUUGAGCGGCGGGUGCCGAAUACAGAUUGGCUUGUGUAGGUUUGAGCUCUAGUGUCUUGAGGGCACCAUGUGGGCCGAACAAAUGUAUCCCCCUUCUAGAAAGUCAGCUUGCCUUGUGUCGACUGAAGGAGCCUUUAUGCUGUACUUUUAAUGCUUCAAUCACUUAAGGGCCAUCCGAAAUCGUGGCUAGUUGUACUUUUCGAAACCCUGCAAGGAUUCACGUCUCCAGAGUAACUGCUGGAAAUCGCCCAAGAACUCGCUGCUAACUCUCCUGCAGGGAAUAACGAGACUAGAAGCCUCUAAACCGGCUGGGCUAUUCAUUAUCGUUGCCAUCACAAGUGGAAGUGCUGCCGUUCGACGAUGGCUGCAAGUACUGACAACGAUUUCGGAACGAAAUGCAUUUGAAUAGUCUGUAGGGAUGUAAUAUGUAGGAACACUCAACAAACCACCACACAAGGCUCCCUUUUUUACGGGAAUGGCAAUUAUGGGUUUUUUGGGUGGGGAAAAUAGGAACAAAAAAGGAAAUGUAGAAAAUAAAUGGGGAAAAACCAUAGAUAAGUAGCAGUUUGCUCAAAUAUUUCGGUCCACUUUACAAAAGUAACGCGCAAUUAAAAACUCGGUGUUUUAGCAAACUGGCAAAUAACGAAAAGCCCAAAAUGCCCCAGAUUAUGCGGGUCUCGUUUUGUUCGAAAAGCAACACCUGAAAGCCAAGCAAUAACCAAACGUGGUCCAAGGCCAAAAAGCGACCCCUAACGCAGCCGUAUAAGCCCCACUUCCCUCCCAGCGUAGGUUAUUGUAAGGAUGCAGUUAAAAAGCCAUCCCAACUCCGAAGUGCGUAGGUGGUGAUCCAAACUGCAAGUUUAUAUCACAACCCCUGGUCGUAACUCUAACCCUAAAACUAAUCCUAACUCUAGCACUGAAACUAAUUCCAGUCCAAACUUUGUAAUCAAUCCUACUCCUCAACCAUAACCCUUAUCCGAGUCUCACCCCAAAUCCCAGCUGUAAACCCAUGGACGAAAUCCAUCCCACGCAACAGCCCUAAAACUGUUCGGACGGCAUUAAAACCCUUAUAUAACACGCCUACGCCCUUAGCUCCCUCCAAACCCUUACCCUGUCCGCUAACUCCCUCCCCCUCCCAACACAAACCCCAUUGUCCUAGCCCCAACCCCAGAGGCUUAACGGCAACACAUACAGUAACCUGAAGACCGACUAAUCGGAUUCCGACUUGAAUGCCUGCCUAAAUCACAUGAGUAGCCAAUUAAAUAGUACUAAGAACGUGGUCCUACACAUUAGAUCCUUACUGAAUAGUCCAUUUUCGUGUACGUUCAUCCCAGCACUCGUUGUAGAUAAAUGUGGAGAGUUCAGUCAGGACAUUUCUAUUCUUUAAGAUUUAAAUUCGCAAUGUGUCCGCGUUCUGCAUACAUUUUCAUGACCACAUGAGCUCCUGUAGUCAUAGCGCUACGUAGAACCGAAAGAUGGGCGAAAAAGAUGCAUACUCCGUCUCUGAAUUUUCUGACUGCUGUUAGCCGAAAAGCACGUCUUUUUUUCCAGGGGUCUUUUUUACUAUUAACGCGAUCCCCCUAACACGCAGGUCUCAUCCCUGUUCCCAUUGAACCAAUCAGAAGCGUCGGUUCUGAUACUAAGGGUUCUAGGAAGGGAGGCGAUCUGCCAGCAGAUGAGCUCGUCACCAACCUGACCGCCAUUGAGGAGGCCAUACGAAAUCCACAAGCUUUCCUGGCGUCGAGUUCCUCAUCCGCACCAUUUUCAUCCACAACACCGGCUCCCAAUGAUGGCGGACCCAACACAGUUGUCUGUAUUUUCACAACAACUUCCUGUUUCUCGCCCCGAGUCCCCGAUCGGUAAGCUCAGCAGUUCUUAUUUGCUGUUGCCCUGGCGGUUGCUAAGUCUGCAGCCGUUCUCCUACGUUUUUUGUCAUUAUUCGUACGAUAUGACAAGGACGUCUGGGCCACACACACAUUUCGAUACGAGAUAGGGUCAGGGAGGCAUUGUACACUAGCGAUAGUUCUUCCUGCUUGUUAGAUGGCCACCGUCUUUACCAUCCUUCUAUAUGAAGAGGGAGAUGCCGGGAAAGCCCGGUCCACGACUGGACGUACACCGUCACUGAAAGCAUUUCGUACGAAGAUCGAUCAUCAGAGAAAUGACUUUGCACCACAGACAGGUCGCUUUUGUUUGUCUUUUGCAUACUCCGCUCUUUGACUGUUUCGUUCAUUCAGGUCAGGCUUAAGCUAGACGAAUGCCAAGUCACUCAUCUCAUCUUCAGUUACCUUAAGGUCGUUUUACCACCGUAGCACUAUGGGAUUCCGAAAAGGGAAGGAAAGAGUGGGGUCGGUUCUGUCGGUUCUGCAACGGGACCUGCAAUGAAUAGACCCCUAGUCAAAGCAACAACCUUCUCUAUUAAGUCAUCUCCUUAAAAGUCGCCUUCUUGGGGUAUUUUUCUAAUGAGUAGCCGCGUCAUGUAGCUUUUUACAAAACAAAAUGUUAAAAUAUUCUGACCGCUCAUUCAUUCUCCUGACUGACACUGACAAUUUUCUACUGCCAACGAAAAUAACCCUUUUCUUUGUUUACGAAUUUUGCAGUUGCCGUCGGCCAAUAAUACGCCCACACAUUUGAAUACAAAUGCGCCACAAAGCGACCAUAAAAUCACUAAACUGCUUCCCAGAUUAAUAGUGCCGUACCCCUCAGCUUCAAAAUGGCUAAAAAAAUAAUCCGCGAGAAAAAUAUUAUCAUACUGUAUUAGUUUUGAACGGUAAGUUUGCAAAAGUCUUUUCGGGGUUACAUCCGACAUAUUCGCAAUUGGGCGUAUAAUGAAUCAAAAGGCCAUCCGUGGACUUUUCUUCACGAUUAUAAGACAAAAUAUAAAGGAAAUUGAUUUAGUCUCUCCGAAUAUAGCGUCCACGCUUAAAUUUUGUCCUAUCUGCAGAAUAACAUUGCCGACAAAGACAAGCGAGACUGGAAUGGCCACUUAGGACUCAUUAGCCGUCGUCAGCCAGUCAUGCCCAACCUCGAGGUGCGCAACACCUGGGGCUCGAUCCCGCGACCUGGUGGUUAGAAGUCAAACACGCCUACCCACUGAGCCACGGGCCCGUUGUUCUGUCGGUGACGUUAUUCUGUCUAUAGUACACGCAGCUGCUGGUUGGGCUCGAGAUAGAACCCCAUUGCACAACGGGACGACUGAGUUCCGGACCGGCCAUCCCACAAAAUGAUAAUCCAGUUGGUGUCCUAAAUGCAGCUCUCCGCACAUUAGUGGUCAGACGGAGCAUGAUGAGUGACUUGUGCUGUCAAAGUUGCAGCUUCUGCUUUCGCAGCGGACUAUCACAUGCCGCAUGAUUCCCAAUCGACGUUGGGGCCUUUUAACAGCGCAUCUUUUUCGCACCAUUGUCGUAGAAUAAUCAUUUCAGCCGACGCUCAUCAGACGCUUGUUUUUUGUGGUCGCUCCAGGAGGAUUUAGUCUGCCUGGAUAUCGCGAGCAUACCAUGAAUAGGAGUCCUCCAUCGACCCCUCCGCGGACGCCCCUAGUAGAAGCGAAUCAGUCCGAUCGCGGGCUGCCGUUGGCUUUUAAACGCUCGGCGCUAAAUCGGUCGUCGCGGCAAUGUUAGACAUAAACGGAGCCAAACGCAUUUUUGUGUCACAGAAGAAAGCAGGACUUUAUGCCACACCAGGGACAACACACAGCCUGUCCGUCUCGGCUCUGUUUUGCCAUUGUUUCAUGGUACAGGAGGGAAGAGAAUGUGAGGUCGAUUAUACUCAAUCCCUUCUCACUACAGUAAAUCCGGCGCGUUCCCGAGCUGCCGCGGCCGCCUACAAGUCGUGCUUUCUAGGAUUCCCAACUGGUAGAAUAAUUCCAUUAUCGGAAGUGAAAAGGACGUAUCAAUAGUUCCUCCCCAAAAUCCCCGGCUGUGGGAUAUCAGGGAGGGGGAACUCAUUUUUACUUGGGGAAACGAACGAACACUCGUGUGGGGCACGCAUAGAUGGAAGCAUUAUGCCAGGUCAGUUUUGGCUCACUCCUGGCGUUGAGGCGUGAUGGCUCGUUGGUAGCAUGUGAUAAGGACUUAUACUGUUUCAGGCAAGGUGUAUAGGAAUUUGUUUAUGAUGGAUCAAACUUUCGCCUCAUCCAUUCCGCCCUCUUUCCACACCAACUAUAUUCCAGCGGCAAGACAAAGUCAAGAUGACCGGAGAUCGACGCGGGCACAGUGGCUGGGGAAGUCAAACAGAUCUUCCAUGUGUGCCGAACCUAACCUGGUCGCUAACUCGAUAGGUGCCAGGCGUCGGUGAGGGAUUCCCCAUUCUAAAUGGUCGAGAAUGUCACAAAGCCAUGGAGCUCUUGCAGUCUGACCUCCGUUACGAAGGAGGACCGGGUCAUCCUAUCCGUUUUUAACACUACCGGCCACGAAUUGUUGCAUCCUGCCAAUUUAGAGCGCGUCAGAUGCAUUAUAUGCUCACAGUUGCCGCAGUAUUUGAACCACCCUCCUCCCUCUUCAGUCUGUCUUUCAGCCGUCCGGUUAUUUCAGUGACUGAUGUGCUGUGGGCCUCUGUCUAAUGUGUGCCACACUCGUGCGGUACUGGCUAUGGUCUCGCACGAAGUCCGCGCGACGCGACUAACACCAUGCCAUGGGGGCGCCACUUUAGUCUGGCGCAGCGGCGACUCAGCCGUUUUGCAUUCGUAACUUGGUGGAGUUCGGCCUGCCUAUUUGUGAUGUUGGACCGCGCAUUUGGAACUUAUUUGCACGGGAGGCUAAUGGUUUGGUGUGCGCCCUUUCCUGCAUGAAGAUCUUCACAUUGAUGUACAUAUCAACAUUGUGUGAGGAUUCAGAGUUCAGACAUACUAUUACGUUCAUUAUCCCACGUAGAAGAGGAGGCGAGUUCAUGGACUAGACUACAUCUGCGCCAACGUUUCGGAGACUUGCUCUUUUCGAUAAUUAAAGUGAUGAGGUGGAGAUUCCUGCUGGUGUUGAUUUCUUUAGUCACUUCGCCUGUCUCUUAUUAUGGCUGUGCCUGACGAACGAAUUUUGUUUGUUGAGGCCUAGUUUUGCCCCUCCGUGACCGACUGCUGGUGGACCGGCGUGACCUUUGUUUCCUUAAUGGCCGUCGUAGUUACAGCAAAAUUUGUGCGACUGUUUACUCCCCCCCCCACCCCACGUAAUCGGGUGAACUGACCAGUUGUCGCUGCGCCUGCGAACUGAGUUCGACCUUUUAAAUGCGUAAGCGAGCCGAUGUUUCAUGAUUGUUUCGUGAUGAUUGUUCGGCCAUCUGGCUCACCGGCUUGCGCGCUCCCCGAGUGGUCAAUUACUUUGACUAGCCUAUGCCUCGGCACGGAAUAUGGAGUGGGGAUUUCGUUGCACUUGUUGAUAGACCGAGGUCUCGUGAACCAUGACUCAAGCAAUUCACGGCUCACGCGAUUAUCCCCUCUCGCGAGAAUUUCGGCCUCAUCGAACUUAAAUGUGUGGCUGGGUCUCGUCGAAUUGGCCGCAAUCAAAGUGUCCAGGAAAGCGACAAACACGACGCACAUAAUGAACUUCAACAGCAACCGCCCAGUCUGCUUCAAACGCAAUUGCGUUAGGACGCUAUAUCGGCGUGUUGAGACGCACUGCUGUGAACCAGAAGACAAGGUUGCCGAAUUUCAAUAUCUUCGACGGCUUUUCAGCCGCGCAACUUCGUCAACGGUGUAUGCGCAAACGAGACGAGCGACAAAAUCGUACCGACCCCAAAUUCUAGCGAGCGUUCCCGUACAUCGAGAACGUCUCCGAGGCCGUUAGUCGUCUUCUCGCACCACUUGGGGCUGGAGUUGCUCAGAGACCGGAGGUCACUACAAGGCGUCGGGUGAUGAGACCAAAAGACCCUCUGCCACGGGAAGAAACAUCUGGAGUCGUCUACCGGAUCUGAUGCGGUUGCGGGCAAAGCAAUUGGAAGGCUGCUCCGGAAGCGAUCGCCGAACGCGCGGCAGCGGUGCAGAGAAAGGACGCCAACUCUCAGGUCGCGGCCCACUCGACGAGACACGGCCACACCAAAGAAAUAAACCCGAGGGGUCAAUCAAAACCUAAGCACUAUCGCGUCAUACCUCUUGUUAUUGGUGUGUCCGAAGAAUUCGCUGUACUGAUAAGUAAACUUAGGAUUGGUGUUGCACACAGGCCGGAAGCAACAAUUCCACCAGUCGCUCAUGCAUCCUAGAGACCCAAUACCCACUAAUUCAAAACGUGGUGUCACUUGCCGGGUAGAACGCAACUGUGGCCUAGUUAAUCGUUUUGGUUAGAUCGGUAAUGAGAUCCACACGGGCCUGCACGAACAGGUCCUUGUCAGGGCACAACUUCAUUUCCGACCCGCGUGAGAAUCGUGUGGCAAAUCGGGCGACCGGUUUUACGCCUGCUGCAGGAAGCUUGGCACUCGAACAAUGGUUUGAUUGAUGGGCAUCACGAUCUGUCAGCCGCUACGCAGAAAAAAUCGGUGGCACAGCUGAAGGCCGUUAUUGGCGAAGGCGAGUUAAAUAUACAGUGGACCUUGACGGUUAGCGCGCGAAAAGUCGGUUGAAUAAAAAAAAAUGUCUCCGCGGUGGCCUUUUCGUCUUCCUCUACCAUUCAUUGGCCUGUGCCUCACGUGUUUUAUACCAUUAAUUCGCCUUGUGAUGAGCACUCGCCGAUUAGGUUCGAGAAUAUUCACGUCCUGUUACGCCUCGUGGCUCGAGUACCAAAUUAUCAAAACCUGGGGUUGGGUAUGACUAGCUGGCUGGCGACGACUACUAAUCCGGAAAUGGCCACCCGAGUCUCACUUGUCUUCGUCGGUAUUCUUUCGCAUAUAUACGGUAGAUGUGCUAUCCCAUGAAAUGUUAAUCGAAAUUCUGAAACGUGUAUUCAAUUCGAAAGGAUUCCUUAAGUAGCAUUGCCGUAUUACUUAUCGUGCAACAUAAUCCUAAAAUAUUUUAGACACGUCAGGAUGCCGGCUUUUGUACAAGCUUCUUUCCGGCCGCCCACUAAAACCAAACUGUUAAAAACGACUGCUUAAGUGGCAUGAAUUUUUCCCAUGCAUUUUCGAUACCCUUACAAAUUCAAAUAUACUUUCUAGGAAACGUGCACAAAAAUAUUUUUUCUUUUACUCAUUUGGUAUCAAGUCACGCCUUCUCUGAAUUUUAUGUUUAGAGGAAGAGUAUCGUUCGGUUUUAAAGAAUUUUUCCGAUUCCCGAAAAAUUUUUGACCCGAUCUCUCGCUUCAUUUGCCUAUAGGGUUUCCAAUCCGCGUGCUGUAUACUGUCCGUGUAAGAAAAGCCAUACAUUUCUGCAUAUAGGGCUCAUAAAAUUUUGUUAUUAAUGUGGACCACGUUUCCCCGAUGCGCCGAUGCGAUGCUGUUUGAUUGGACAUCUCACGGUCUUAAAAUGUCAUAAUUAAAAACGUUAUUAAAAUACAAAGAUACUCUUCCUUCAAGUAUAAAUUUGGGAAAGACGCGAUUUUCUACCAGAUGAGUACAAGGGAACAUAGUUUUGUGCAUAUUUUCUAUAAAAUGUUUGAAGGGUAUCAAAAACCAAUGGGAAUAAUUCAUUCCACUCAAGUAGACAUUUUUCGCGGAAUGUAGUUUACGAAAACGACCAAUAAGAAGCUUGUUCGGAAGCCGGCAUCCUGACACGACUGGAAUAUCUCAGCGUUGCGCGACCCAGUAGUUAACAUGACAACCCUACUUAAGUAGUCUUUCGAAAUUGAAAACGCGUUUCAGAUUUUCAGUCAGCAUUUCACGGGAUAACACAUUUACUGUAGUUUCAUGGUAAUCAAUGAGGUACUCCUAACAUUUUUCCCUUCAACAUUCACUAGAUUGUUUCGCGGUUGUUGUCAGAGGUCUGCCAGCCGAACUUGUUCUUUUAAAGACGAACAGGAGUCAGCAUCCUCCCUGUGUCCAUACAUAAAGUAACUUGCCUACUCAUCCGAGCGAUACCUUGGGGUCGCAGCGGCAUCAUCAUCAGCACCUCCGCAUGAAUGUGAAUAUGAUUUUGCAGCCCUUACGGUUAAAGUUUGAGUGCAGGAGUGUCCCCGAAGCCCAUUCAGAUUGUUCUAAGUUGUCUCCUCUAGCGCUUUGGCGAAAGACCCAAACCACGGGCGGCGGUGAAAAGCCGGCUUGUCUAUUGGCGGUUCAUGAUCUCCAUGUCACCGUGUGAUCAGUGGGCCUCGUUAAAUUUUAUAAGGCAGUCGGCAUGCCAGGCCCCAAGUCUCCACGCGCUGGCAGCAGUGUUGUUGGUGGUUUGUGAGGUGCCUGAGGACAACAUCUGUCAGAAUUUUGUGUGUGCGUGUGUGUGUCGAUAUAGCCCACUCGUUUAACAACUUUUUUCAUGUCCCUAUCGCCUGAAGAAAUUGAACAUCAAAGUCAGCCGACUAUGGGUUAUAACCCUAGGCGUUUAGUGCUUUUACUGAUUUUUGCUCUUCCUCCUCAUGGGUGAUGGCAGUUUUGUUGGUGUAUGCUUUGGUGAGUUAUAGCGUGCCGAUGGGCACGCAGUUCCUCGGGCUACCAUGAACCCGGGUUCACUUGGUAUUUGUGUGGUCAGGUCCCUUGUGCGCCCUUCCACGUUGAUGUACAUGCGGUCCUCCCAAUCAAGGACGUGAUGGAUGCUUGUACGUCGCUACUACCCAGCACUUAGCUCUCAUCCGUAGCCUCACGAAGCUGUGGUCUGCAUAGCGCCACGCUCAGGUCAGUCGCCUCGAGCGACGGACUAAAUAGGGACAUUCACUGUGUCUCCGUACCCGUAUUCUGUAGUUCACUUUCCCCUAAAAAGCAUUAUGCAUAGGGCAGGUGACCUAGGCCUAUUCGGGUCAUUUUUCCAUUACACCAGCCGUGAUGUAUAUUAGAAUUCAUCAGUCUUCUGGGGGGCCUCGACAGUCCUAUUUAGAAACACAACGAGCAUCGACAGUAUUCGCUCCAUCCCUCUGCUAGAUUGAGUUUUCUCACGCAAGAUUGCAGUACCCCAGACCAAAACCGCUAAUGUCUAGCUUCUGCCCGCAAAACCCCAUUGCCAACACAACUUUACAGCCCGGAUUGACCGUGCUGAACACCUAUGUAUGCAUAACAAUACAAACACCCCACCGCUAGACAAAAUACGGGCAACAGACCUUCCAGCAACGAACGAACUAUGCCAGUUGACCUACCCGUGCGUCGUCUAAGGCUCCACCGACUAGAUCACCAACCAGGGAUCUCCAGUUUUACCUCCCCGACCUACUCGACGUCCACCUAGAGUUUAGCCAUGUUAUUGAAACAGGUUAGAAACAGGAAGAAAGUUUUAGCUUAGCUUUGUAAGGUCUCUCGCACACCAUGAUUAAAUUUCGCCCAUCACCACAGCACUUGCCUUCAGAAGCUGCUAGUUUCCGUGGAGAACAAUGCACGAUCUGCCUUGUUGCCAUAGCGAGGUAUCCUGCCCAGGACUGGCAUAUCAUCUGAUCGAGUUAACUAGCAUUAUUGUAGUUUGAGGAGUGUUCAACAAAAGCGAAAAUCUGCAACCAAUGAGGAAGUUUUCUCUCAGCACUCCGACGUAACUGAACCGUUAAAGACUGUACUGGAGAGUAGCCGUAUUGUCCGGUAAGCACUUUGUUUAAAUGCUAAUUACCAGCCUUACUGAAAUCCCUGAAAGGAGGCACAACCUUUUUUUACGGCAUUGCAUGUAGCCGACUUUAUACGGGCACUCCUCGAAGGGCCACCUUACGAAACAAUGUCCAAUGUUCACUCCUACUGCCUUUAAUUGUCCUUGAUUCAGAAAAGUGAGCCUAUCCUCUUUUUGCACCAUAAAACGAUCCCACAUGCAUUUAAGUGUUGCUCAAAUCAAUAAAUCGGCACAUUCUUCGUUCCUAAAUUGCGUAUUAACUGGUGAGAAACCCAACAUAACCGACUUGACAGAGAUGGUUCGUCAUUUUCCUGUCACUUCUAGGAUAUUCGUUCAUGCUCGGAAAUUACCGGUGUGGAUUUACUGUGCACUAGGACACAGAAAUACAAAUUCACAAAUAACACGAUUAUUCAUAUCCCGACUCAUUUGAUUUACGCGGGCUACAGAAUCCUAUUUCAAGUUAGUUCGCUUUGCUUAACGCUCUUUUUUCAGCCAAAAUGUCCUGUUUUCUCCCUAAGAGGCAUGCGCCGCGUUAUGCACCGCUUUAACUUAGUACGUAAUAUGCACCACGUCUGGGGUACUCCUACUGACCAUCUGGAAAACUGUCACGUCGUUUCCUAAAUUUCAUCGCCUACUCGGCACACUGUAGCUACUCAUGCCCAUGCACACUCGACACACACCAAACCUCCUUUCCAACCCCAACUCCGCCGUAGUUGCACACUCGUUGCGUAUAGACCCGGUCGGACAUCUGCGAGGUGGACUCUGCGCAAGGUGAGGUGGACUCUGCGCAAGUGUGAGGUGGACUCUGCGCAAGUGAGGUGGACUCUGCGCAAGUGUGCUCCGACAUAAGCAAGUUAAUGCGCAAGCCACGACUACGUUCGGCUUAUGGGACAGUGUUAGGCCCCAUCGCCUGCAACGGACCAACGGUGUCCAGAGAGGCUUAAUAUUUCUUUGCAAAUUAAUCGUAGCACCAUAUAUCCAGCUGCGUGAGGUGUUUAUUCUAUUUUGGCCUAGCUAGACUCACUUCUCACCUGUGACUCGAGGAAGCUGUCAAAAGUUCGGCCGCCACAAUCUAGAUGCCAGCCAUCUCGAUUGGCGCGUAAAGCCAGGCCAGCGUAUCUGACGUGUUGUAACACUCGUAGACGGAGCUCUGGGUCAGGUUGGCCACUGAUUGCUGUCUCACCAUUAGUCAUCCUCACCUAGUCUACCGUUCGGAACACACUGUGCAAGUCUGCCGCUCUGUGCCACAAUUAAUAAGGUCGUCCGGGCGUUUAGUGGCCAGCUUCUCGUCCGACCUAGGACUGACCUGCCAGGUAGGUUGGUCAGUAGACGCUGGGGUCUCUGCUCUCAGUUUGGCUUAACUCUUUGCUUUUCUUUGAACAGCCUAACCGCUGUGAGCCGCCUCUGUGCCCGCUACGGCAUCCCACACCUUGUGAACAAUGCCUAUGGUGUUCAAUCCAGACGUUGUAUGCGGAUGAUUGAGUCCGCGUGGAAAGUCCUCUCCAACUCCACCUCCUCCUCCUCCACAGAGCCAUCCCAGUAUUCAGCUGAAUCCAAUGAUAUUACUGCCCGUGGGAGUGGGCGGCCAUCUCCACCCGAUUUUCUGUACAUCCAGAGCACUGAUAAGAACUUGAUGGUCCCGGUUGGAGGUGCGAUAAUUGCCGGAUUUUCUGAAGAGCUAGUGAGGCAGGUGGCGGAAUCUUACCCGGGUAUGUCGGCGUUUUACAAUCAUCGUCACCUCUUGCCUACUCCUUGAUCGAAAGAGCAACUUUCGGUAGUAUUCGAGGUGUCUACAAAUUAUGCCUGCCUAGGUCGUCCGACUGCGGUUUUUGAGGGCUUUCAGCUGUAGUGUAACGGACAGUGAUACCUCGAAGGCCAGAAUCAGAUCUGCUUUCGAAGGCAUUGCCGUUGAUACGCUGCAACGAACAUGGCAACAUUUAACAUAUGGUCUGCAUGUCGUAAAAGUCACUAAUGGAGCUCAUCGUCUUUGUGGUUUCCUGAACAAAUUGACUUUAAAUUUCUAGGACUCGUACAGUCAGUGACCAAUCUUGUUAGAUGUUGACCGGAAAUCUGAAGUGCAUUUUCGAUUAGAGAGGAUUAAUUAAGUGGAGUUGCACGGCGAAUUAUCAAGCAGCAUACACUCAAAGUAUUUCAGACGUGCCAGGCAUCUGGCUUUUGAAUGCGUUUCUUUUCGGCCGCCUGCGAAAACCGCGGUCGGCAAAAAAUGACUACUUAAGUAGUAAGAUUUUCGCUAAUGAUUUUCGGUGUCUUAUAAAUUCGAGUAUAUUUCAUAGAAAGCAUGCACAAAAAUACUCUCUCCUGUACUCAUUUGGCAGCGAAUCAUCUCGUUUUGAAAAUUUGCAUUUGAAAAAUGGAUAUAUUUGGGUUUUAAAAAAGUUUCUAAUUGUGAGGUUUUUUAAUACAAUCCCAUGUCCAUUCAAAUAGCUUCACACCUGUCCAUGUAUUAAUGCUUCUCAUGAAGUAUACAGCAUAGUCCAUAUCCAGUGCAAAAGUAGUAUCUUCUGAAUGGUAUAGAGGAAUUGUAAUUUUCCAUACACAGAAAGUACAGAGCUUGUUGAUGUAAAACCCUACACACAUGCGGCGACAAAUCAGGCUCAAGAGCAUUCGAUGAUUGAAAAACUUGUUUAAAACCCAAAUGUACCCUUCGUUUGAAUAUGAAUUUUGAAGACGGAGCGGUUUGCUACUAAAUGAGUACAAUAAAACAUAUUUUUUGCUUGUUUUCUAUGAAAUGCACUUGGACUUGUGGAGGCAUCGAAUACCAGGGAAGAAUAUCAUACUACUUAUGUAGUCAUUUUUGGCCAAGCGUGGUUUUCUCAGGCGUCUGAGAAGAAGCACAUUCAAAGGCCAGAAUCCUGGAGUGUCCGAAAUAUCAUAGGAUUAUGCUGCACGAUAAUCCAUCUUACAACCCCACCUAAGCAAUCCUUCCCAAUCGAAAACGCAUUUCAGAAUUUCGGUUAACAUUUGGUGAGCUCGAUCACUGAAUGUAGUUAUUUUUACUUGUAACUAUCCCUUCCAGACAAAAAAUGUUGACGAUAACUUUCGGUAUCCUUCAUCCUUGACAAAUCUGGAAUUACCAUCGCACUUUGCGCAACCGCGUCCUGUCGGUAACGUGCAACUUUUUGCGUGUUGGAUUUUGACGAUUCUGAUUUCACAGCUCCGUAUACCUUAUUGUACUAACUGUUUUCUAGGUCGAGCAUCUGGAGCACCGGCGAUAGAUGUCUUUGCAACGCUCCUCUGUCUGGGGUGGCGCGGUUGGCAGGAGUUGAUUGACAAGCGCGAGGCCUGCUAUCGACGACUGGCUGAUGGCCUCAAUGCCGUCGCUAGCAAGCAUGGUCUGCGCCUAAUGCACACACCGGACAAUCCAAUUUCCCUAGCUGUCAGUUUAGGGGGCUUCAAUUUAAAUGGCCGUUCCGACACCCUCACAAAACUGGGAGCACGUCUGUUCACCCAGGGCUGUUCAGGUGUCCGGUAAGCUCGUAAAGCCCGGCAGCUUUAUCUUCAGAUAAUAACUAUUACUAACUUAAAGUAAGUAGAUCGUUUUUACUUCAGUGUAGUAAUACCUGCGGAGGUUGAGGCUGCAGAGGGACGCACCCCGGUAUGUGUUGGAGGAAUUUGCCUGCCCGGAUUUAACUCUCACAGUGCCGUAUCAAAGGAGCCCUAUCUAAAUGCCGCAGCGGCUAUCGGGCAAACUCCAGAGGAAGUUGACUUAUUCCUUGGUCGACUGGACAAGGUAUUAUCCGAAUUUACACGGAGAACCCCGCUGACAGGCAGCAACGAUGAGUUUGUGAACGGCUGA